AUGUCGGCAACGCGCACCCUCCUUCUGCCAGCUUCGAGGCUGCUGGCCGCCGGCUCGAGCUCGCGCAACGCUGCGGCCACACGAGCACUCUCGACAUCGUCGGUGCAGAAUGCGAUCACCAAGUUCACCAUGCCCGCCAUGUCGCCCACCAUGACGUCCGGCGGCAUCGCAGCUUGGAAGGUCAAGGAAGGUCAGGCGUUCUCGGCGGGCGAUGUGUUGCUCGAGAUCGAGACGGACAAGGCCACCAUGGAUGUCGAGGCUCAGGACGAUGGUGUGCUCGCCAAGAUCUUCGUUCAGGAUGGAAGCAAGGAUGUGGAUGUUGGCAAGACGAUUGCGAUGCUCGCUGAGGAAGGCGAUGAUAUUUCCAACGUCGAAGCUCCGAAGGACGACGCAGCACCCAGCGCUACAUCUCCUACCGACGACAAGUCGGCGCAAACUUCCGACAAGUCGGAACCGGCAUCUUCGACUCAGACGGCUGCAUCCACCGGUUCUGCCGCUCCCUCCACACCGGGCGCUUCGAGCUCCAACGCACACCACACCUUUAAAGGACCUCUCUUCCCCUCGGUGCAGCGAUUGAUCGCCGAGAACGGAAUCCAAGACGCCGAGACCAAGAUAAAGGGUACGGGCGUACGUGGUAUGAUCACCAAAGGCGACGUGCUGGCUUUCCUGGGCAAGGCGAAAUCACCCACCGGAUCGUUCAAAGAACCCAAGGGAGGUAUCGCUGUACUCGGACCUUCGCAAGCCAAUCCCAAGGGCGGUUCCGCUUCUUCAUCCGCCACCUCGACCGCCAACAAGGCAUCAUCAGAGCCACUGACGGGUGACGCGCUGCGUUCGCUCAUCAUCGGCGGUCUCGCCGCGUCCUCCCGAUCUGCACGCCAGCAGACUACACCAGCACCUGCACCGGCGGUGAUCGUGGCGCAGUCGUUCUCACCGCAGGCGGUGGAUGGCCCUCUGGAGGGAACCGCGUUUUCGUCGACACCGGCACCAAUGGCUGUACCGAGUGGUGCGACGCGCAAGCAAGGCAUUCGCUCGGACGACCCGCUUUGGGAUCUGAUCUAG